CCGGUUUUCGUCCUAAGCCGCUCGCUUUUUCAUUGUUAUCUCAUCUCCUCUCAUCUCCUCUCAUCUCAUCUCGCCUCCUCUCUUCCCUAUCAAAAACCGCUAGGAAUCUCCACUCUCCUCGAAUCAUUCCUUUGGGCCUCCAUGGAUUCUUCUUCAGACCUGCAUGGUAAAGAGCCUCCUCUCCUUCCUCCUCCUAUUUGGGUCGCCGAUUCCCUGUUCGGCUCCGAGAACUCGUCUUCCGGCCUCAGCACGCCCUUCGGUUCCGUCGGCUCCACCAGAACUGAAACAGAGAGCGACGACGACGAAGGCGAGGAUUUCCUCGCUGAGUUGACUCGCCAGAUGGCCGGUUAUAUGCUUCAGGAUGAAGAUGAUGAGCCGAAUAUUUUGGUUGAAGAUCAUGAACACUCUCCCAAAUUCAAGGAGGAACUUGCGAACUCAUCUGCGAAUUCAGACUCUGCAAAUUACGCGAUGAGACCAAUCGAAGUUUACACGAUGAGAGACCAAUCAUCCUUGAGAAAACAGAGUAAUCCUACUCCGCGAGGAAGACGAGUCGCGAAAACCGAGUCGAUUCAUCCACGAGUUGAGCACGCAGCGGAGGCGGAGCACCACAUGCCGAAGAAAGGCAGAAGAAGAGGAAACGGACAUGGCGGUGGAAGGGCCCACACGUUGAGAAGCGGGUCGGGUAUGCAGGCGGUUUUCCUCGGAGGCUCCGGCUACGUAACCGGUGCUUCCAGUAGUGGGACAGGCGUUUUCAUUCCCCGUGGUUGCAACUACCACAGCCAACCCGAACCCAAGAAGAAAACUGGGUGCUCUACGGUCUUAAUACCUACAAGAGUAUUGCAAGCUCUACAGCACCACUUCAGCACUAUGGAAGCCAAGUCACAAUCAAACACCUAUGCUGCCUCUCCUAGUAAUCGCCCAGUACAGUUUGCUACGGGGAAUAAAAUAGAAGACUCGCUUCCACAAAUAGAACAACAUUCGGACGUCGAAACGCAACCGGCAACGAUCGACCAGGAGAUGCAACUACCACAAGAGUGGACUUAUUAAAGUCGUCGAAAUUCCGGCGGGGUUGGGAUGAUGUACAUAAGUUAGGUUACUAUUAUUAGUAUUAUUUGGUAUGAAGAAAUAAAUAAAGGGCUAGCUAGGAUGUGACAUCCGAAUAAUGGAAUCUGUGGGUAGUGAAGUUCGUGGGGACUGCAUGUGAGGUGGAUAAUAACAGAUUAAAUUGCUGCGGCCUUCAUUUUCUUCUUUGCUGAUGAAAAUUAAGGGUGGGUGGGUAAUAAUUGUAUUGUUUAUAUGAUUAGAUGUGGUUUAGUGCGCUUGUAAUAAGAAGUGUCGAUGAUUUUGAUGCAAGAAAUUGGAAUGUGCAUAGCAGUAAUUGUUGAAUGAUGAAAUAUCGGAAGGUAGAUCU